GCGCGGCAAUGAGUUCAUCAACCUCCUCCUCCUCCCUCUCUCUGCUCCCCUCCGGAUUAAUUUGUUUUUUUGUGGGGUGGGGAUUCAAAAUUUCAGCAUUUGUUUUUUUCUUUUUUGGCUUAAAGCUGACGUGGGGCCCAGGCCGCGUCAACAUCGUGUUUUGGAGAGGGGAUGGUUUUGUGCUCAGUAGACUUAUAACUUAUUGACUUGUCUAUUACAGCACUUUGUUUAAGUGGACUAUUGACUCAGGUGGCAUCUCCUAAUACAUAUAUGCAUGGAGAAGAGUGGUCUUCCUUAAUCUUUUCUGGACCUUUGUUCAAUAUCUACCAUGAAAUCCCAAGAAGACUUUUCUUCGAAUUCUCGAUUUACUUAUCAUGUGUUCUUGAGCUUCAGAGGCGAAGACACUCGCAAGGCUUUCUCUGACCACCUCUACACAGCUUUGGUUCAUACCGGAUUUCACACCUUCAGAGAUGAGGAUGGAUUAGAAAGAGGAGAAGAUAUCAAGUUUGAACUGGAGAAAGCAAUCCGAGAGUCGAGGAUGUCGAUAAUUGUCUUCUCAAAGAGCUAUGCAACAUCGACUUGGUGCCUUGAGGAGCUAGUGAUGAUCCUAAAACACAGGACUUCUGGACAUGCAGUUCUCCCUGUCUUCUAUGAUGUGGAUCCAUCUGACUUGAGGAAGCAAAGCAGCUUUGAAGAAGCGUUUGCAAGGCAUGGAGAGCAACUCAAAUCAGAAACAGGAGAACGAAAAGAGGAAUUGAAGGAAAAAAUAAAAACAUGGAGGGCUGCACUUAGAGAAGUUGCAGAUGUGACCGGGAUGAACUUGAAAAAUCAAGCUGAUGGGCCAAGGCUAAUCUCAAGCCAACAUUAUCUAAUACAUACUCAUCCAAUUAUUUCAGUUUUGACAACAGCAUGCUCAUUUUCCUUAGUUAUAGGGUGGAAAUGUGUAUUGGUUCGUGCUAUAUUUUUUGUCAUGAAUUCUUAUCGGGUCAUACUUUCCAUCUUGUCACAAUUUGUCAGGCACGAGGCAAGAUUUAUCCAGAAAAUUAUAAAAGUCGUUGGAGAUAAAUUAAGUUGCACAACCUUAGAUAUUGACCGCCACUUGGUUGGAAUAAAUUCACGAGUCAAAAACAUUCAGCAAUGGUUAGAAGAUGGGGCAACUAAGAUUGGCAUAGUUGCAAUUUGUGGAAUGGGUGGAAUAGGCAAGACGACCAUUGCAAAAUUUCUGUACAAUUUGAACUCUCCAAGAUUCGAAGGCAGCAGUUAUCUUGAAAAUGUAAGGGAAAUUUCCCAGCGAAAAAAUGGCUUACUUCGUCUACAAAGACAAAUUUAUUCAGAUAUUUUGAAGGGAAGAAAAGUAAGACUAAACAGUAUUGCUGAAGGAACAACUAAGAUUAUGGAAGCCAUAUAUUACAAAAAAGUUUUUGUAGUUCUUGAUGAUGUGGAUACACUUGACCAAUUAAAUGCAAUACUUGGAAUGCGAGAUUGGCUUUUUUCAGGGAGUAAAAUUAUCAUAACCACGAGGCGUGAGCAAUUACUACGGGCUAAUGAAUUCUCUAAGGUGUGUAGGGUUGAAAAUCUGGGUGAUGAGGAAUCCUUAGAGCUCUUUAGCUGGCAUGCCUUCGGAAAAUGUUGUCCAAACAAUGGAUAUGAAGAGGUCUCAGAAAGAGUGGUACGCUACUGUGGAGGGCUUCCAUUAGCACUUAAAGUUCUAGGCUCUUCCCUAUCAGGGCAAUGCUUAAAUGUAUGGAAAAGUCAAUUAGACAAAUUGAAAACAUUUCCCGAAGGUGAAAUACUUGAAAAACUCAGAAUAAGCUAUGAUUCUUUGCAAGAUAACCACGACAAAAAUCUAUUUAUCUAUCUUGCUUGUUUUUUUGUUGGAAGAAAGAAGGAUUUUGCAAUUACGAUCUUAGACGGAUGUGAGUUUUCUACAGUGGUUGGGAUUCAAAACCUCAUGGACAGAUGUUUGAUAGCAAUUGAUAAAAGUAAUAAUGUAGUGAUGCAUCAUUUGCUUCAAGAAAUGGCGAGAGAAAUUGCUUGCCAAGAGUCACCCAAGGAGCCAGGCAAACGUAGCAUCCUCUGGAAUCAUAAGGAUUCCUUUAAUGUUUUGAGAGACAACACUGGCACAAGCAAAGUAGAAGGGCUUAAACUCGAUGUGUGUUUGUUGAAGGAAGAUAAAUGUGUGAGUCCAGUCUUUGGUGCCAGCAGAAAACGACGCUUUGAAAAGUUCCUUGAGAAGCCCAUAUUGUCAAAUUUGGGUUGUUCGCUGAAAAGAUUUGGUUUCAGCAUGUUCUCCUCUGACCUCGAAGCCACAAAAAAUACAAAUCCAAUUGUUUUGGAAGCUGAUGCAUUUGGAAGGAUGCGCAAACUCAAGCUUCUGCAACUCAAAAGUGUACAUAUUAGUGGACCCUAUGAAAAGUUUCCCAAAGGAUUAAAAUGGUUGUGUUGGCAUGGAUUUCCACUUAAGUCCAUACCUAGUGAUUUCCCUUUGGAAAGCCUGGUUGCUCUUGACAUGCGCUAUAGCAACUUGAAAAAUGUAUGGGAAGGAACAAAGUUUCUAGUGUUAUUAAAAAUCCUCAAUCUGAGUGAUUCCCCUAACCUUAUCAAAACUCCUGACUUUUCAAAAAUCCCAAAUCUUGAGAGACUGAUGCUUAAAAAUUGUGCAAGUUUGGUUGAGGUUCAUGAAUCCAUUGGAUUUCUCGAGAGACUUGUUUUGCUGAAUUUGAAAGACUGUAACAAUUUGAGGAAGCUUCCGAGAAGCAUUGGUAUGCUAAAACUUUUGGAAAAGCUUGUCAUCUCUGGUUGUUCAAAACUUGAGGAAUUGCCAACAAAAUUGGAAAAUUGGGAGUCUUUAACUGUGCUCAAGGCAGAUAGAAUUGCCUUAAAUGAAUCUCUCUCUACCAACGGGCAGGUUAACAUUAUGCAACCUUUCAUUCGGCAUUGGCUAUUGAAGCCAAGAAGAAGUCCAGAUAUCUCAUGGACUUCUUUACCACGGUCCUUGGUGGAACUAAGUCUUGCGGGCUGUAAUCUUUCUGACAAUGCUUUUCCCACAGAUCUUAGGAACCUAUGCUCGCUGAAGACUUUAGAUAUCUGUUGUAAUCCAGUUUCGGGCCUCCCAGAUUUCAUUAGAGAUCUUACAUUGCUCGAGAAACUUAUCAUAGCAGAGUGUCCAAGGCUCCGGAAACUUGUCGGGCUCCCACUAGUACGAUCACUGUAUGUUGGAAGUAAUAAACUGCUGGAGGAAGUAACGUUUGGAAGCUUUCCCGGUCCAAAAACUACUUGUCAUUUGGAUACAUGGGACCAUGAAGGUAAGACCGUGGGCAUUUUCAAAUUAGAACCCAUAGGAAAUGUAGCAGCUGAGAUUACAAAAAGUUUGGGGUUAACGAACUUGGAAUCCAUGGGAAACGCAAUUGUAAAGCUAUCGUCAUGGUGUGGCAAGGAAAAACAGGCGCUUCCCGUCCAGGGAUGUCAUGGAACAUAUAUAUUCUCCGCUUAUCUUCCCGGUAGCAAGGUUCCUCUAUGGUUCAAUUUUAACAAUCUUGGAUCCUCGUGUAAUUUUACCGUGCCUUCAAAUCUUGAUUUGAGAGUACAAGGCUUAAGUGUUUGUUCUGUGUAUGAGUUGUCCGGUGCUCCACCCGAGUAUUAUUGGAAACUAGACACACAUACUUCCUUAAGUAAUAAAACGAAGGGUUUGAUUUGGAUCCAUUGCCCAGAGGUCUUUGGAUUUGGGGAAGUUGGAGAGGAUAUCACGUGGUUAAGUUACUGGAAGUUCGGGAAACAGUUACUGGAAGCUGGUGACGAGCUCGAUGUUUCAGUGUUUGGAGGUGCAUUUGUGCAAGUAAAGGAGGUUGGAGUCCGCCUUCUGUACAUUAAAGAACAAGAAGAGAUGAGUUCCCAAUCAGCCAAUGAAGAAAGCGUAUCCCUCUAUACAUUCGAAAAUAUCAUUCGGGGAAAUGUUCCUGCACAUGAGGGGGGGAUGAGGUUGUACCAACUCGGCAAGCAUGUUAAUGGACAUCUCUGUGUGUAUUGCCGACGUCUGUACCCUCAACCUUGGAUCCCUGCCACUCCUUAUGACGAUAGUGAUUUCGUUGAAUGUCCGGCUUCAAAAAGGCUGGCGCCGAAGUCGUAUUAUUAUGUUUCUGAUUCGCGUUUAGUCGAAGAUCUUGGGUUUUGA